UGGAAUUUCAGAGCGUGACGUCACUGCCUACAACUCUCCCAGAAUUUGGAUCAAGAAGUUUCACUUUUUGGGUGGGAUUGGAACCUCUGUUAUAAUAUUCCCUAGAAAGCGAGAUUUCAACACACAGUGAAGGGCAUCACUUCAUCAGCCUUCCAGGAUUUCCGUUACAUCCAGAGAAGAGAAAAGGACGCGAAGCCGCGACACUUCGGUUUACAGACUGAGCCACUGCUGCCACACCUUGGAAGUUUUUUUGGGUGUCUGAUCCUGAAGUCCCCACCAUCACUUCAAAUUUGGAACCAUGUGGAACAAUGAUGACCAGACGGGACAGGUGGCUGCCAGGAUGGAGACUACUCUGGGCAGUGCGAGCAUCUCCAUCUCCCAGCAGCAAGCACCGAAGAAAUGUGCCCCUGUGGUCGCACCUAAGCCCAAGUUCAACCCUUACAAACAUGCGGGGGAGCCCACCCACUCGGACCCUGCAGCGGACUACCCCCCCCCUCCACCACCUGCAGAAGAGUCGACCGGUUUCUCUCCCCCCUCCGGUUCCUUCCCUCCUCCACCAGUGAUGAACUCGUGCGACUAUCAGGUGAAAGGACCAGAGAAGACCCUGCAGGAGAGACGCUCCAGCCUGGACGCGGAGAUCGACUCCCUCACCAGCAUCCUGGCAGACCUGGAGAGCAGCUCGCCCUACAAGCCCCGGGUGGCUCAGAACUCUGUCCCGUCUGCACCCUCCACCCCCAACGCUCCAGUGACUGGUUACAAGCGUAUGGUCAUUCCAACCCAGCCACCUCUGACUGCCACCAAGAAAUCUACACCCAAACCUCAGGCACCAGGGGGCGGCUCGUCUACCCUCCCUUCUUCUGCCAGCCCGGUGACCAAGCCUCAAAUCCAAACAGCUCCUCAGCCGGUCCCAGCCUCCUACGCCACAGCCUCCACUCCGAGCCAGCCCACCUUCAAUGUCCAGAUGAGGUCCGCCCAGCCCGGCCCCCAGCAUCAGGCCCCGAUAGGGCACCAUUUCGGCCAGCAACCCAUUCGCAGCCCUGCACAGGUGCAGUACAUGCCUGCCCAGCCCAAAGGCCCUGACUUUGCCUAUGGACCACCACAGCCUGGCUUCUCCCAGAUGGCCCAGGGUGCGUAUCAAGAUCAGCACCAUCCAGGAGUUCACCAAGUAGGUGGCUUAAGCUCCAGGAGAGCUGAGCCUGCCCCCGCCCAAGCAUACCAACCACCAGACCCCAGAAAGACCUACAUCACAGAUGUUCCACCAAGCCUGGCUCCCUACACUGCUGGACCAGCUGUUCCACCAAAGGGCAGCGCUCACAUGGCCCACCCUGAGGAUGAGCUGGAGCGCCUGACCAAGAAGAUGCUGUUCGACAUGGACCACCCACCGUCUGAGGAAUAUUUUGGGCGCUGUGCCAGCUGUGGGGACAACGUGGUGGGUGAGGGCACCGGCUGCACCGCCAUGGACCAGGUCUUCCAUGUGGACUGCUUCGUCUGCAUGACCUGCAGCAGCAAGCUGCGCGGCAAGCCUUUCUACGCUGUGGAGAAGAAGGCGUACUGUGAGCCUUGCUAUAUUAACACCCUUGAGACCUGCACCAUCUGCAGUAAGCCCAUCAUGGAGCGCAUCCUGCGGGCCACGGGGAAGGCGUACCACCCCCACUGCUUCACCUGCGUGGUGUGCAGCCGCAGCCUGGACGGAGUGCCCUUCACCGUGGACGCCUCCAACCACAUCCACUGCAUCGAGGACUUCCACAAGAAGUUUGCUCCGCGCUGCUGUGUGUGCUCUGAGCCCAUCAUGCCGGCGCCGGGCCAGGAGGAGACCGUCCGGAUCGUGGCCCUGGACCGAGACUUCCACGUGCAGUGUUACCGCUGCGAGGACUGUGGCUCUCUGCUGUCAGAGGGGGACAACCAGGGCUGCUACCCUCUGGACGGACACGUCCUCUGCAAGAACUGUAACAGCAGCCGCAUCCAGGACCUGACCGCCAAGGCCACCACCGACCUCUGAACACCCCCCCCUGUGAUAACACACACCGCUCGCUCUCUCACAAACGUACCCAUCCACAGAAGCUUGCAUUCCUCAGCACACACACACACCCUCAGUACAUAGCAUCACAUGUAUCUAUUGACUCGGUACAUCACAGCAGGAGAGGCUGUGAGAUGUUUAACUGUGUUAAGGAGUGGUUCGAGAUUUUGGGAAAUGGUUUUGAUCUGAUGCACUAUGUCACUAUGUUUUAUACGAUAUACAGCAGGCGUUCAGACAAGAAUAAAACCGUGAUACAGAUAGCCUGCUGCCAAAGAAAAAUCCUAUUCAGAUCUAGAUAUUUAUCUCUUCUGUGUUUAUGACGUAAGAACAGGUGAAAUAAAAAUUCACUUUUUAAGUUCCUUAAAAAUGUUUUUACUCACCAAAACUCUAUGUUCCCCUGGUUCACUGGUUCCACUCUUUAUGCUAAACUCAGUUUAAUAUGUCCACAUGUGCUCAGCGUGCAUAUAAAAAAGCGACUUCAAUCUUCUGUUCUGACUCUCAAAAGAAAAAACGAAUAUUUCCCAAAAUCUCAAAUCUUUAAACGAAGCAGUUAACAGUAAAACAAUAUAUCUUCACUCAGUGUUAUUAUCUUGUAUCAUAAUCCUCCAGCAUGUCCUCACCCGAGUGCGUAUGUAUUUAAAUGUCCUGCCGAUGGGUUCUUUGGAUCUGAAGGGAGUCUGACUCCAACAUGUGACAUGGAUGACAGGUGCAGAUAUGUGUAUGACUGUAGCUUUAUCAGUAUUUAGGAGCAUUUUUUGGUCAGAGCAUUUUUUUCAUUCUAGUGUUUGUCUCACAGACAUACGGUACACUAAUAGGGAACAUAUUAUCACAGGAGCUUAUUACUUCAAAACACUUAACUGAACACCAAAGAAUCUAAACUGCCGUAUUCACUGUGUACAUAUUCUGUGUGCAACUAUUUGAAACAUAACGGGACCACAGUCAUCCUCAUAGUAGUGUGUGUCAAAGACAAACCCUCAGUAGGCAGCAGCUGAGUGCCAUUCCCUUUUUAACAAACAUACAUCUUUGACUUUCUAAUUGAACUUGCUGUUAUGUUUUAUUAUUUUCUGUUGGCCUGAACAGUACAAUCAGGGCAUUCCAUUCAAAUAGAAAGGGCCUAUUAUCUGAGUUUUAUGAUAUGGUUUUUGAGCAGAGAAUGAUGUCACUUUUUCUCUCAUUGACAUGACAUAGAUUACAUUAGUGAUUGUUUUGUAAGUCUGAUAGAAAUAACUGAUUAGGAAUGGCUAUGCAAUUUUUGAUGUUAAUUGCAUCGACACUUUAUAAGACAUUUUAUGAAUAAGGAAAUAUUUUACCUGUACAGAUUAAAGCACAAGUGUCCUUACAGUAUAAUGAUGCUUUAAUAGGGUACUGUGUGACUUUGUGUCACUGUGCUGUGUGUCCGUGUUGUCGUACCAGUGACACUUGUCUUUUAUAUUUAGUGUGUGUAAAGGUAAUGGGCGAAGAAGGGACCAUGACAUUUGUUUCCCACAAAGUGAUUUUAUUAUUUUUUCCAUCCAAGAGUCAGUCGUUUGACAAGCACUGUUUGAUUUGAUAGUUACUUUUUUAAUUACUAGAGCAAUGUGAUGUUUGUGAGUUAAAGGAACCCUGUGGAGUUUUCACCGCUAGCUGUGGAACCAUGUUUUCAUGAUUAGGUUCUCAUUGAGCAAAGGCCUGGCCGAGUGCAGUCUCAUUUUAACAAUGAGUUUUUCACAGAAUAACCGAUGAAGAACAACAUAAUGUGCAGCCCUGAGAACCUCUGCAGGAAGUGACUGUGUGUAUCACUUAGCACAGACGCAAGCGGGCAAAAAAAAGACACAUAGUCACAACAAUUUAAAAAUACACUCAAAACAAACAAACUCAAAAACGUCUCUUUGAAAACACGGGUUAGUGUGUGGACAUGUUGUGUCUCUUUAGGUCUCAGGGUCUUGGUUUAGACAUUGUGUUGUAAUCUGUUCCUGGCUGCAGGCUCUCAGAUCGGGGGUGAUCUGAUGCAAACAUUUAGAAAUGGUUUGUUGCUACUCCACUGAUCCUCAGUUGGUGAAAGCCAUGUUUGAAAAGGAGCAGCAAAGGCAGAGGACUACAGGUUAGCUGUUAACAUGUAACGGAAGGUAACAGCUAAAGUGUGCAAACAGUCAACUCUGCAAAUGUUUAUUUACAAAGGAAAUUCAGUCAUUUUGUUUGCAUUUGGGUGUUUACAGGAAAACUCCACAGGGUGCCUUUAAACAACAACAUCUGAGUAGUAUUAAGGUCUGCUGUUGGUUUACAGUGUUCCUCAGCCCCGAUAACAGAUGUGUUGUCGUGUUAUCUGUUUAGUGCCAUUAGGAUAGCAGAUGGUUAUACCAACAUGUAUGUGUACUGUAAUCAGUUACUCUGGUUACAAAGCUUUGUGAGCCAUGUUUUACCCACGGUUACACUCUGUGCAUAACUUUGCUAAUAAGCCCAAUAAUAUAAAUAAUUCAUAAAUAAACAUUCAUCAGACCUUUGCCAGGACACAUCUUCUACAUGAGGAUGAAAACACUGUUUCACCAUCCAAGGCUGGGCGAACUGAACUCAGUGCAACUCACCAGUGCAUUGUAAUGGAUCUUAAAGGCUUGUUAUAACACCUUUUAUCUCAUAUAACUAGUUAUUAAAAUAGAUUACUAUAAUUAGUUUGAGGACAAAGAUAUUCUCUAGUACAGAAAACACUUUUUUCAGGUUUUCUUUUUCAGGUACAGAGCCAUGAGGUUGGAUGUUUGGCAGCUGACUCAGUAAGCCAUAUGAUGGGGACUGGUUGUUAGGCAACAAAGGUCAAGAAGACCUUCUUUAUAACAUGAUGUCACAUUUGUUUGUUGGUUUUCAGCGCUCAGGGAGAGGCUGGGGAUCCGGCUCAGUUAGCAUUGACAGCGCCCCUCCUGACGGGCUGGGGUAAUCACACAGGGUUAGGUGUGUCACAAUAAAGAUUUCGGAGUGACUAAACAUUCAGGUGAACAAAAGCCAUGCAGUAGUGCUUAUAUACAAUUCUUAUUUAACGUUGGACCAAUCAGAAGUGUUGUUAGCAGCACAUGCUAACAACACCCUGUGCUGUGUUAAAGUCCAGAUGAAAGAGCUGUGGCUUGGUAAAGGAUGUGACGUUGUUCUAAAGCCGCACACUCAAAUGUGUGAUGGAAAUGUAUGUCACUCAUCAGGUCAAACCCACGGAGAAUUAUCACGGCAGGCAGGCUGUUAACAGCUAGCUGGGAAACUGUAGGGGGCAGCACUCUCGUGUUUUAGACAUUUUUUUAUUGUUAUAUAUUUUAUUAUUGGCUUAUUAGCAUGUUUGUACAAAGUGUACUCGUUCACAGAGUUAAACCUCAUGUGCCAUAAAAGCUGUUUUAAACUCUCCUGUUGCUACAGUAUAUUAUUAUGGACAGUCUGUGAACACAUCUGACUUAAAGAAGUAUAAAGACCGUACUGUUUUUUUUAUUUAGUUUGAUGUAUUUGGGUGGUCUACGGUCUUUGUUUCUGCCCGUGUCUGUGCAGUCACCAUACUGUUGCUGUGUGCUCCAUAUGUUGCCUCCCUCAAAGAUGGUGCCAUGACUCUUUACCGAAGUUGAAGAUGUUUCAGCCGCGGUGUGAGGCUGCAGCAGCAGAGUCUGAAUGAGAAGCUGGACCCUGUGGUGUUGGUGAAGCAUCUGUUGGGGGUCAUUGGAAGGGGCCUGUAGUCAACUGGUGUUUCUUUUUUCUUUCUUCAAUAAAGCCUUUGCAGUAGC